GCAAAUGAUAUAUCAUCGUCAUUUAUAAAUUCUCUUUCUCUUUUUCUCUCUAUAAUAAUUUCCGUAUGAAAUUAUAUUUUCUUGUUAUAAAAAAAAAAAAAGAAAAAAAAAAAAAAGAAAGAAAGAAGAAAGAAGCAGUAAAAGAAAGAAGGAUAAAAAAGAUAUAAAAUAAAAAUUAGUAUCCAACUUGUCAACGAACGCGUGUCGUUAAUUGAUCAUUUUUCAAAAAGAGGGUUGAAAGUAUUCUCGGACGCAGCUGGCUUGACUUUUGAAUUCUUCAUUCUUGUCUGAAGACAAAGGAAAAGGUCAGAUAGAGAUAGAGAGAAAGAGAAAGAGAUAGGAUAAGAGGGUGUGUGUGUGUGUGUGUGUAGAGAGAGAGAGAGAGAGAGAGAGAGAGAGAGAGAGAGAGAGAGAGAGAGAGAGAGAUAGGAGAGGAUAUCGAGGAGGUGGAGGAGUUUAGUAGGAAAGAUCCAACGGGCCAUGAGUCGUCCGAGAGAUUUAUGAGGAUCGUUGGCGUAUCGUUUGGCUCCCAACGGAAAUACAAUAUAUCCGGGCCGGAUUGUACCAUCGAGGAUCGAUGACCGACGUCUACAGGCAUCGAAGGAUCGAAUAGUUUUGACGGGCAUAUUUCGAGUAUCCCCUGUACACCUGUGUCAUAAAUGUUUCAUAGACACCCCUCGUGGUGCGGAUAAUAUUACGAUAUAUACUUCGUUCGGAGAAUUGGAGAAUCAAAGCUGGAUCUCGAGGAUCUCGACGAUAUGUUCCCGGAAAUCCAGCAACUGCCGUGAAAAAGUGAGCCACGUGAUAUAAAGAGUAACAACGGCUGGGAAAAUGGCAGACAGACCGAAAAGUCGAUACCUGACUUUCAGCAUACUUCAUAUCAUCACGUUAAUGUGCCAAGCGCUAUCAGAGCCGCCGAUGUUUGCCGAACCAAUACCAAACGUCACCGUAGCACUUGGAAGGGAUGUCAGUCUACCUUGCGUUGUCGAAAACCUCGGUACAUACAAGGUCGCAUGGGUCCACGUCGGUAGACAAAUGCUAUUGACGAUUCACAAGCACGUUGUCGUAAAAAUACCAAGGUUCUCCGUGUCGCACGACAAUCAAAAAACGUGGCUAUUGCACAUCAAUGGAGUGCAACAGGACGAUAGAGGAUACUACAUGUGCCAAGUGAAUACUAAUCCUAUGAUGAGUCAAGUAGGAUUUCUACAAGUCGUUGUUCCACCAAACAUAUUGGACUCUUUAUCAACGGAGAGUACGGUCGCCGUACGAGAACAUCAGAACAUCACGUUGACGUGUAAAGCAGACGGAUAUCCAAUGCCAAAAUUAAUGUGGAAACGUGAAGACGGUCAAGGAAUAAACAUCAAUCGGCACAAAAAAGUACCCAAGUACGAUGGCGAGCAAUUAAAUUUGACGAGGAUUACACGCAAUGAAAUGGGAUCAUAUCUAUGUAUCGCAACCAAUGGCGUCCCACCAACGGUUAGCAAAAGGAUUACUGUUGAUGUUGAAUUUUCACCAAUGAUUUUCGUACCAAAUCAAUUGGUCGGAGCACCAGCUGGUACCAACGUGACGAUCGAUUGUCACACCGAAGCCUACCCUCGUGCAAUGAGCUAUUGGUUCCUAGGGGAUGAAAUGAUACUCACGAAUGAGAAAUACACAACUAGUAUAAUGGAAAAUAGUUACAGGGCUCAUAUGAAAUUGCACAUAAGGAAUCUUCAAGCUGGUGAUUUUGGAAAUUAUCGAUGCAUCAGUAAAAAUUCAUUGGGCGAGACAGAAGGUUCUAUAAGGCUUUAUGAAAUCCCAAAACCUUCGGCGCCACCCAAGGCAACGGAAAUCAAGAGCAGCGCCAACAAAGAAGGACGAGCGAGCACACCUCCACCAGCAAAAAGGCCGACCACCGUGUGGCCAUCCUCUUACAACCCGUAUUCUCCGAAAAGGACGGAAAGACCAUCGCCACCGAGCGAAGAGAGGGUCGACAGGCCUGAACAGAAACUACGUGGUGGUUACAGUACAGGAAGUGCAUACAUCAUCAGAUGGAGUGCACCGCAGUUGAUGAUCGUUGCGGUACAAUACAUACUCACUGGACCAUACAUGCCACCGUACGUACCGCAAACGGCGAAUUAAGAACUAAUAAUACAUCUUCGAUCGGGAGAAGAGAAACGUAGAGAGGGAAUGAAAAUGAAGAGGAGAAGUAAAAGGAGGAGAAGGAGAUGGAGGAGAUGGAGGAUGAAAAGGGAGGAUUGGAGGAAGGAAGGAAGGAAGGGACCGAUUUCCGUAGCCGAAUUAGUUCGUUACCCAAACGCAAUUCGGCAAUGCUCAAAUCGAUCGGCAAUUCAAUUUCGAAUCGGUGAACUUUAAACAUUAAGUCGAUUAAACAUCGAAUUACCUGUAAUUCGCGAAUUGACCCACGAGUUUGAUUACAACCAUCCAGGAACAGUGGUGGCCGAAUUACCACAAAACGAUAAUUAUGUAUGAAAGCGCGUCCGUACUUCCUGAUUACAUUGGCUUGUUAUACCUACACCGAGGCUAUAGUAUAGCAUACUACGCAUUCGUAUAAAUUGCAAGGUAAAUUAGAACGAAAUUAGUAGCUCGCGUUCCUCGCUAUCACACAGAUGCUAGAUUAUGAAACGAACCGAUAUCGAAAUGAUAUCGAAAAAUUUUUCCAAUCUAAAUCUAUAUAUAUAUCACUGCCAUGGGUAUUAUUGCCAUAGGCAUCCACUGCCAUGGGCAUCACUGCCAAUCAACAUUCCCUCUUUUUUUCUUUUUCCUUUUUUUUUUUCUUUUUUUUUUUUUCAUUCAUCAAUUUCAUUGAUAACACGAAUAAUAUUAAUUCUUGUUGAGAUUAAUUGUUCGUCCUUUUACGUCGUCCAUACGAGAAAUAAUUUGAUUCGAUAAGAGAUGUUUGCAAAAAAAAGAAUUGAAAAUAAACAAAAACAGAAUAGAGGAAAGAAUAGAUAGGAGAAAGAAAUGAAAAAGAAAAAGAAUAAAAAAAGAAAAAAAAAAAAAGGAAAAAAAAAAAAAGAAAAAAAAAGAAAAUUCAUUCUUUUAGGAAGUACGCAUCGAAAUCUAAUUGCGUUAGGAAUGGAUCAAUACGGGACGAUGAAUCCAAAAGGUUAAUUUGAAAUUUCCCUUGUUAUAUCUACAUAUAAUGUCGCCCCGGAGAUAUAUUAGUGGAAUAUUAAUCGGCAUCAUUAGUUGCACGACAAAUUGCUCUAUCGUCGGACCAACGAAAUGGGACAAGAACGCAACGAAUGGAUUUACGGUGAAGCUCUAUCCCGUCGAAAUAUAUAUAUAC